AAUCGUAUGCUAAAUAUAAAUUUAAUAAACAUUGCGCACUUUCUUCUCAAAAUAUGAGAUGUGCCGUGCCCAAUUGCAGGAAUGCUUUUGUGAGCAGAUCCAAAAGGGAUCCGGAUCAGCAGCAGCAGAUUGGGUUCUUCCGGUUUCCCAAGUGCCCGGAAACAUUCAAAAGGUGGCUCACAUUUUGCGGCUUUACCGAGAACUCUUUGAAAUGGAAGAAUCCCUGCAUUUGCAUCGAACAUUUCAAGGACGAGGACAUUGAGGGAUCUUUAAAGUUCGAAAUGGGUCUGGCCAAAAAGCGUACUUUGCGACCGGGUGCCGUUCCCUGCAUAGACAAAAACCAAGAAAGUCCAUCGGAACGAGCCCUCAGUGAAAGAACACAGCGCCGCAGAAACCAGCAACUGGUGGCACAGCUUCUGGCGGAAGAAGAAGAAAAAUCUGUUGUUCCAUCGGCGUCUACUUUAGUCAGUUCAGAACAGGAAGAGGUUGAUUUGUCAGAGACUGUAACCAUGCAAUAUGAUCCACUUAUCGAAGGCGAUAGGUCGGAAAGGCUAGCGAAGUGUCGAAUAUGCUACCAGGACUUUACCGUAGACGAAAGGGCAAAGGAUCUCUUCGAUCAGGCAAACAGUAUUCUGCUCUUUCACAUCGAAGUUAUAAGCGGUGUUUGGAUCAGCCCCAAAUCAGACGAACCUCAACUUAUGUGUCCUGCUUGUCUUUUGUCCUUGGAUCAGGCCAUUAAUUUCCGGGAGUUGUGCAUUAGUACGGAGCUUAAAAUUAACCAGGCUCAGCCUCCGUGUGAAAGUGAAUUAGCAAAAUCCGAAUACGAGAUUUUGAAGGAAAACUCUACACCAUCAGAUGCGGAACUGAUCUCGGAUUCAGAAUACGCCCAUCUCGAAGAGAUUGAAGAUGCAGAAAAUGAUGCAGGACCUGUGGACGAUGCGGCCACCUCAGACGACCAGUUAAGUCAAGAGCUAGAAAUAGAUUCCCCCGAACCCGCCACCCAGGAUCCACUCAGUGUGGCUUUGGGAGCCAAGAUCUUUAAAGAACUGAUAUCACAAUAUACAGGACAUGAACGAAAUAUACCUGAAAAGGAGACACCUGUUGAACAGAAACCCAAGACCAAGAAAACAUCCGUUUCCGAGCAACGGAAAAAACGAAGGGCCAAUCCAAAGACCAAAGAAGAGAGGAACCUCAUACGACGGGCUCAGCUGCGAGCAAAGCCCCCAAACUUUGUGUGCGACCAGUGCGGCCAGGCGUUCCGAAUGUCCCACAACCUGCGGAUGCACAUGCUCCGGCACAGUCGCACCAAGAACUACCAAUGCAGCGAGUGCCCGAAGACCUUUUACGAUGCCUACAUGCGCAAUAUCCACAUACGCAUUCGCCACCGUGGAGAAUCGCCCUUCGCCUGCCGUUUCUGCAGCGAAACGUUUGCCUACGCGGGAGCUCGCCAAAAGCACGAAAGUGAGGUACAUAACGCAGCUCCCCGUCUCAUCGUAAAGCGAAUCAAUCCAAAGCCCAUGGCCAAGCCACGGGAGGAUGUGCGCUAUCAGUGCAAGCUGUGCCACAAACAUUACGCUUCCAAGUACGCGCUGGGCUGGCACAUCAAGGCGCACACCGAUGCAAAUGCCUUUAAGUGCCAGCAGUGCAGCAAGAGCUACUCGGACCCCAACAAGCUCAAACGCCACGAGAUGACUCACGAAAAGAGGCCGCUGCAGUGCGACGUCUGCUUGAAGGGAUUUUACCAGCGUGCGCGACUGCGGGAACACGAGCUCAUCCACACUGGAGAGCGUCCUUAUUGGUGUGAGGUCUGCAAUGUCCACUUCCGCUACAAGUACAACAUGAAGACGCAUGCGAACACUAAAAUGCACCAGGAGAACGUUCGUAAAACGGGUGCAAAACAAGUUGUUGAAGACGAAUGAAGCCAGAGUCUGUUUUUAACCACA